AUGAAGAGAUAUCAUGGGUCAAUCAGAAUAUCCCAACUUGCCUAACCAACUAAGAGAAAUAAAAAAUAUUCGUAGAAUUCAAAGGAUGGGAUGUCAAGGUAAUCACAAUUUAGAGAGUAGAUAACUUGCCAAUCAUUACGACAGGAAUAUGCAUGAGAAACCAUGGAUUUCUUUAGGAAUAUUCCCUCAUCAGUACUUAUAAGAAUGUUAUUAAGUGCAGUCAGAUGAUUAAGUAUUAACAUUCAGAUACUGGAUUGUCUUACACUAAUUUCAAGAUUAAAAAGUUACGAACAUUUUAAGAGUUAUGGGAGAAGAAUGAGGAGAUUCGCAAUAAAAGUGAGUAACAUAAAGGCUUUAGGGAAUUUAGGGAGUUCAAAGAUAUUUCUGAAGAAGAUGUCAUUGUUACAAUUGAAUAUUGGUAACACACUAAAUUAAUUGCAGUACUAAUUGUCAUGAACACUUGAAUUCAACAAAGCAUGAUGAGGCAAGCUAUCAAAAAUAUGCCCAAGUCCUUAAGAAUGAGAUUAUCUCACGUUUUCCAAUUGUUAAAGUCAUUCUCAAGCCAUUAAUCUAUGAUCAUUUCGAUCACAGUAUAGAAACUAUGUUUCUACAGCGUCGAUUAGGUAUUCCCUAUUAAAAUUCGUCUUAGGAUGUUUCGAAGUCUAAGUAAUGUCCAAACAAAAAGAAUAAAUCAAGAAGGCUGUAAUUGGAUCCAAACUAAACGAUAAGAAAUGGCCAUAGAUAUCAGUAAUCAUAAAUGCGUUGCCUCAAUAUUUUAAGAAGGUUUCCUUCACUAUAAAUUUGAAAUUCGCUGAUUCUGAUCAGAAAUUAAAAGACAUCAAAGUCAAAAUACAACCAUAUCGUCCUGUUCUAUCGAAAUCUCAAAGCAUUAUGUGUAAAAUGGGCUCCCUAUUUAAAUUUAGCAACAACCUCGAGAUCCCAUAGAACGUUACGACCACAUAGUGCCUAAACUAGACCUAAGUCAGCAUUGUCUGAUAAAACGGGGUAAACUCAAAGAAGCUAGAAAGAGGCAGAGGAUAAUCCCUAUUAUAGGAUAGAGCGAACAAAUUAGGAUGGUCAAAUCACCCUAAAAAAUGUGCCUCUGGAUGUUUAUGAGGUGAUUAUAGAGGAGACCAAUGAUUAUCUUAGUAAAAAUUAUGUAAAUUUUGAAAAAUAAAAGUAGAAAAUUGAUUUGUUUUCAUUCGAAGGUAAGGAUUCGCUUGAUCAAACUAUUGAAUUAUAGAAACAAACGCAUUCUUGCAUUUUAGUUAUUGUGCAUUGUUAAUAGGCACCAGUUAUAGAUUGCAGAGUAGAGAUAGUCCCGAUAAGAGGUGGAAAGGAAGCUGUAUUAAAGGAGUCACCUCCAGAGAGUGGAAAGUAUGAAAUUGUAGUAGAGCCUGGUAAUUUUACAGUAUAUGUGAAAAAAACAGGAUACUAAGUUUAUAAAGAUUAAAUUACCUCGAAUGCUGGAGUUUGCGAAUUUAAAUUCGAAUUGACAAAGGCUAGAGAUGAAGAAGAAGGGUAUGAUCCUGUGCAGGAUGCAAUAAACAAAAGACUUGCCUUUAGAUCGUCUAGUGAUUUGACGAUAAAGAAACCUAGAUACUUGCAACCUCCAUCUGCUAAUUUACAACAUAUUCAUCUUAUUUAAUUUCAAUUUAUAGAUAUGCUUAGUAAGAAUCCUGUCCCGAAUGUUUAUAUUAAAGUUGAAGAUUAAACCAAUAAUAAAUUAUACAGCUAUCGUUCAAAUGAGAGAGGAAUUUGUAAGGCUCUUUUGCAGAAUAAAAGUAUUUUAUAUUUUUGAUAAUCUACUAGUUACAAAAGGUAAAAUCUUUAUAUAGAAUGUUGAAUAUUAUGAUGUAAUCAAAGAAAUUGAUGAACAAUAUCCAUUGUCCUUAAAUGCUAUCAACAACUAUUAUAUUAUUCGCAAACCACAACAUUCCCAAUUGGAAGUCUUACUUGUGAAUCAGCCUAAUGGAGGUUUCUUGAAUUUCUAUAUUAUUUUUGAAAGUAAUUUAUGCAUCCAAUCACUUUAGACAAAUAAGUCAUUCAAUCUAAUUAAGCCAUUUAAUAUGAUUAAGAUAUUUAAUAUAUUGAAGACUUAGAAUACGGAAUUCAAUUAAUUAGAUUUUCUAAUCUAUAAAAUAAGAGGGACAUCCUAUAAUUGGUUGCCUGUCUGCCUAAAUUAAAGAUGGAUUUUAUUAAAGAAAUUUAUGUCUUGACUCCAGAUCAAAUACAACAGUAUUAAUUACCUUAAUUGCCAUCUGAACAAUGUGCAUUAUACCCUUACUUCUGGAUACUAGGCUCAUUGAAAGGACCAUAUGAGACAUUUGAUGUCGUGAAUUAAAUUAUCAAUACAUCCCAACUGAAAGCUUAUCCCAAUCAUACCAAAUCACUCAAAGACUCGUAAGAAGUUGUAUAAUGUGUAUUUCAACCACCCAACCUCAUAGCGGCAGCCAAUCGAAAUGGUAACAUUAAUUUUUGGAACUUGGAUACUUGCAUAGUUGAUUGUACAAUUUAAAGUGUAUUCUCUGAUCUCGUCAACACCCUUAUCAUUUGGGAUGAAGAAAACGUAUUUGUCUCCGACAAUAGUGGCUAACUAGUCUGGUUGAAGAAGGAUGAUGAAACCCAGCAGUUUAAAUUAUUAGCUUCACUUAGUAUCAACAGGAAAACCAAUUCUAUGUGUAAAGUAGGAGCUGAAGGACUGGCUUUGGGAACUGUUGUUGGGCAAUUAGUUCUGGUUAAAGUUGACUUGAGGUAAUUGCGAUUGUCUAUUGAUGCAAUCAUCGUAGUUGAAUCUUCCGCCUAAACUGUUGAUCCAAUCAAUAAGGUGGUUUCCAUCACAAAUGAUCAAAUAGCCAUCUUAUGUGAUAAUAACAAAUCCAUUUUCAUUUAUAAGAUUGAAAAAUCAUUAGAUUAACCUUUGAGUGGAACACUCAUUAAAUAUAAGGAAAUCAAGGGAUAUCUCAGUGGUGGAUAACCCAUUUUAUAGAUUAUAUAGUUGGAUCAACAUUAUUUGAUUUUUGGAGGACUCGAUGGAGUAUUACAUACUUUAGCAAUUGACUCACUUGAAAGAGGUCCAAACAUCAGUCUAAACUCAAAUUAACAAGUCAAUAGUGUGUUGUAAAUGGAAGAUGGAGUCCUGAUUGCGUAAGGCAGCCAUAUCAGUAUUGUGAGUUCUCCAGAGACUGUCAAUGAACUUAAAAUUACUCAUUAAAAAUAUUUUAAAUCUCCAGUUGAAUUAUUUUUAGGAGAAUGCGUAAGUUAUGAAAAACGAUUAUUUACAUUUACUAAAUAAGGUAAGAUGGUUGUUUGGUCUUUACAGGAUGGAGUCUUCCCCAGCAUUGGCGAAUUUCUGAGUAAUUCUGAAUUUCCACGCCAAUUGAGACCUACCAAUAAAUAAUAUCUAUUGGUAGAUGCCCAAAUUCCCAGAGAAAGUUUCUCUCUUUUUUUAAUUAAUGAAAAUGGAGAAAAAAUAAGGGAUUCUAAUUAAGUCGUAAAAUUCUAAAGGGAAGACGACUAUUUCUAUAUGGAAAUAGAUUAAACAUAACAAUAAGGCUUAUGGAGAUUGGGAGCAUAACUUUAGAAUGCAGAUGUAAUCAAAUCAAAUAAGCCAAAAAUCUACUUUAUUACCUCUUGUGGGUUUUAAGUGUUAAAUUUUCCUUAAUCAUUUGCUUUUGGAAGGAAUAAGGCUUAUCGAUGGCUAAUGGGCACUCUUAUUCCUAAUGUAGAAACAUUGAUAUCCACUCCACUUUGUAUAGAAUCAGAAUCUUAAAUUCGUGGCAAAUUUUCAAGUUUAGAAAUGAAUAAACAUGAGGGUAAAAUCAAUCAAAUAGUGUUCCUUAAUAAAGAUGAGUUUAUCACUGCAGGAGAAGACAAAUAAAUUAUUAUUUGGAAUGCUUAAACAUUUGGAAUCAAUAAGGUAUUUAUCCAUGAAGCUGAAAUUUUGAGUAUUUAUGUUUAUAAUGGAAUGUUGUUGGCAGGAAAUAAAGAGGGAACUGUUAUUCGAUGGAAAUAAGAUGAUGGUAUCUGGCAAAUGGAUAUAAAAUUCAAAUACCAUGAAAAAGGUGUUUAUUCUAUCAUCUAUGUUGAUGGUAGUAUUGUAACAGCAUCGGAGGAUAGAAAAAUUCAUCUUGUCAAUUUCUAAUCAGGUGCUCAAGAAUAUAUAGAAUCAGUAGACAGAACAUUUGUGAUAUCAUUGGUGGCUUACAAUAAAGAUUCCUUUGCAGCUGGAUUCCCAGAUGGAAGAGUCAAAAUAUACAAAAGAGUAAAUUUGAUGUUUGCUAUAUGAUUAUAGGAAAAGAAUGGUCCAAAAAUUUAAUUGAAGACUUUAAGAACUGUUACUACAGUGAAAGUGUAACAUUUGUACCAGAUUAGCAACAAUUAAUUGUUUGUUGGAGGCAUGGAUAAAAUUAGUGAUCUAAUUAACGUGGAUCAAGGUACUAAAUUAAAGUAAAUCAUUCAACUAUAUUAAGAACAUUAAAGGAUGGCCAUAAUGGAUCGAUUUUGUGUAGUUUUCUAUACUGUAAGCAUCUUAUAACAGGCGGAUCUGACGGUAAAUUGAUCAUUUGGAAUAUCGAAAAAGGUCAACCCAUCGAGACCAUCGAAUUAAUUAAAGAAGAAAUAAGACGAAUUUAUAUUGUUGGUCGAUUGCUGAUUACUGCAAGUAAUUAUAAGAAAUUUAUGAUUAAGGUUCCAAUGGGAUUAUGUAAAUUUGGUAAGAGAUUUGCCCAUUUAUUGAAUAAAAGCAACUUGAAGAAGAGCUAGAAUUAUAAUAAUAACAACAAUGA